AUGACUUAUUCCUCUUCUAAGCAUGCAAAUGCGUCGACUCAACCUAACCAUGAUGGGUCUCGCCAUCAAAUGUGGAACAGAUCCAAAACUAGUAUUUCUAAACCAAGACAUUUUCCUGAUGAACCUCAUGGUCUUGUUGCUACCUUAUUAGCUCAGUCUGAACCCAAAGACAUUAAACUUGCAUUAAAACACCUAGGUUGGGUUGAAGCUAUGGAUGAAGAAUUAAGUGCUUUGAGAGCUAACCACACCUGGCAACUUGUACCUCGACCAGUCAGAGUAAACAUUGUUGGCUCUAAGUGGGUUUACCAUACAAAAUAUUUGUUUGAUGGCACUGUUGACCGUCUAAAAGCUCGCUUAGUAGCUCAAGGCUUCUAUCAGCUUCCUGGUCUUGAUUAUACUCAUACUUUCAGUCCUGUUGUUAAAGCUGCUACUAUUAGAACUGUUCUCGCUUUAGCUGUUCAACACAACUGGUCGCUCAACCGACUUGACGUUAAAAAUGCAUUUUAA